AUGAGUUUAUUUAGUUUAUCAAAUACAAAAAUUUUUGAUAAAUUAUUUGAAAAAGCAACAAGUCCACUUUUACUUGAACCUGAUUGGGAAGCUAUUGUUCAACUUUGUGAUAUUGUUAAAUCACAAGAAGUGACACCAAAAUAUGCAGUACAAUCGAUUAAGAAAAAAUUUGGUCAUGAAAAUGCUCAUGUAGUUCUUAGUUCGCUUCUUUGUUUGGAAUCCAUAGUAAAAAAUUGUGGAGGAUCAGUUCAUAAAGAAGCUGCACAACGAGAUAUGGUUGAUGCAUUACGAGAAUUGGCAAAAAAUGGACCCGAUCUAAUUCGUGAUAAAGUUCUUGAACUAAUUCAAUGUUGGUCAUAUGGUCUUGGUCAACAACAUAAAAUUUUCACUGAUACAUAUAAUUUAAUGAAACUUGAAAAUUAUCGUUUUCCACCAUUAAAAGAAAGUGAAGCUAUGUUUGAAAAUAAUGAUGUAGCACCAGAAUGGCGAGAUGAUAAAGAAUGUUUUCGUUGUCGACAAACAUUUACAACUUUUAAUCGUAAACAUCAUUGUCGAGCAUGUGGAGAAAUUUUUUGUGAUAAAUGUUCAUCGAAACAAUGUCCAAUACCAAAAUUUGGCAUAGAUCGUGAUGUACGUGUUUGCGUUGCAUGUUAUGAAAAAUUGACAUCUGGACCAACACUAAAUUCUACUCCAAUACCAAGACCAAUUCCAUCAUCAAGACCGUAUUCAACAUCUGCUCCAGCACCUAAUCAAGGAAAAAGUCAAGCUGAAUUAGAUGAGGAAGAAUCAUUUCAACUUGCUUUGGCUAUGUCACAAAGUGAAGCAGAAGAAAAAGAAAGACAGAAAAAAAUGUUAACACAAAAAUAUGCUAUGUCAAGUUUUCUAUCGGCUCCUACAAACAAUAAUCUUCCGAAUGUUUCUGAAAACAAUAAUGAAUAUGCUGAAUUAACUAAAUAUAUUGAAAAAGGUCGUCAAGAACAACAACGAGAAAACUUAAAUACAACAAAUUUAUCCAAUGGUCAUGAAAUAGAAAUCAAAACACAAUUGCCAGAUGAAAUAAAUAAUUUUAUAACCGAUAAUGAAAUUGAUCAAUUUACAACUGUUGUUACUGAUCAUAUAAAUCAUUUUAAAUUUCGAAUGUUAAGUAAUCAACAACGUAGUAGAAAUAUUACAACUGAUACAGCUGUUCAAUCUGUUUUUGUUAUGCUUCAACAUUUUCAUCCUGAACUUCAUCAUUAUAUGCAAUUAUUAGAAGAUAAACGAACUUAUUAUGAAAAUUUACAAGAUAAAUUAAGUCAAUUAAAAGAUGCACGAGAAGCAUUGAAUGCUUUACGUGCAGAACAUAAUGAAAGAAAACAACAAGAAGCUAUAGAACGUGAUCGACAACGACAGAUGCAAUUAGCACAAAAACUUGAUUUUAUGAGGCAAAAGAAACAAGAAUAUCUUGAAUAUCAACGUCAAUUACAUCUUCAACGUUUAGCACAGCAAGAACUUGAAAUGAAAACUCGUCUUGAGCAACAACGACAAUUAACAUUAGCACGUGAACAACAUGUACAAAAUCCUCAAUUGUCCAUAGUAUCAUAUGAUUAUGGUCGAUUACCUCAACAAAAUCUUGCCUAUCAAUCACCAUAUAGUACUUUACCAGUACAGCCAUCAAUGGAUUCAACAAAUCAAUAUUCAGUCGUAACACCGCUUCCAACGCAACAACAGCCUCUACCAUCAUCGCAUUAUCCUUCUAUGAUGAUGUAUCCACCACCCACAAUAGAUACAAAUUUAUUAGCUAAUGCACCAGCGCCAUUAUCAAUGCAACCGAUUUCUUAUCCAAUGGGAACUACUGGAGCAACAGCAACAGCAACAGCAACAGCAACAGCAACAACCGACUUCGGUCGUUAA